UCAACAUUGCCGUUUCAUUUCUUUGCCUUUUUCCAAUAAUAAAUCCAAUGUCCGUUCAUGAGAAAGAGUUCCGAAAGCAUACCAACUUCCUCAAAUUAUUUUUUGUCGAUCAAACACUUCAUUGCUUCCUUUCUUAACUCCCAGUGACUUUAUUAAUAAUCACCCAACGACAUUUUAGAAUGCUUAUUAUUCUUUCUACAGCAUGACAUAGUAAACUAAGAUAGCUGACCUAGAUUGGCUUACCAGCUUAUCAAGACGAGGGUGAAAUAGUGUAAUAGUGUGGAUCAUGCUGUUAUUAGCCUAUAUAGUUUCAAGAAGUGCUAAUAAAUGUGAGACUGUGUUUCUGUGUGAGAAGUAGAGGUUUACAUGUUUCCUGUUGUAUUUGAAAGAUAUGUACAAAUAUGUAUACACUAGACCUAGAUAAUAAUUGAUUGAAGCUUGGACAAUUGCCAUCUGGAGUCUCGACAGAUACCACCAGCCACUUUAACCGGCCAACUAGCUUUGUUCUUCACCUGCAGAAAUAACUGUAACAAAUGUUUCCUUUAUCAUAUACUAACCUUUGAGGGCAGUUCAGGUUUUAUCAAACUUAUUCAAAAUCUCACUUUAAAACUUAAAGGGACUGUAUGUCAAUGUUCAGUGUAUUUUUAGAUCAUGCAUGAAAUAAUUCUGAGUGUGACGUCACACCUUCAGUUCAAGCACGAUUCAAUUCUCAAACCUAAACAAUAGAGCUCCUCAGCGAAUUGACAACUUGCAAAUAGAAGAGAAAGUUGUGAUGUUUUCACAUGGAAGAGUUACAAAAUACUAAUCAUGCUAAUUGCAAGCUUUUUUGGAUUAGAAGCCAGUGUUUAUCAAGGCAAAGAGUACAAUAUAGAUGCCUCUGUUGUAUGAAGCCAUGGAAUCACUCACCUACUCAGAGUUCCUUGAGGCCAGCCUAGUUCCUCUGCAAUAUCGUCACAUCUUACAGUCCAUUCAAGUUAUUGCAUCUUUUUCAGCUAUACAUUUUGAUAAACAUAUGUCAUGAAAUAUUUAACUUUGAGAAAAUAUCCUGAAACGUUACCAUUUGAAAAACUGUUACUAUUUGCGUAUUUAUUCUAUGUUUAGAUUGGUUGUAUGGCUCCAGGAGCUGUCAUCGAGACCCAACGGAGAGCUAACGAUACGGUCACUUUGAUAUUUAAAGCUAUAUUGUCGUGUACCUCAACGUCGCAGUUGCAGGAGCAUAUCUACAUAACUAUGCAAAACAGUGUCUGACAUCCUUGAAUGAUUAUCCUGCUGGUAGAAGCUUCUGAGUGAGAGUCUGCACCAUGGAGGAUGGGCAGGUGUCCCAGCCUCACUCCGAUCAUGGCUACAGCUGUGGAGACCCUUCCUCCACUGCCUCCCCACAGAUCAAGAUGCCCUUUCUGGAGAAGUUGUUACAGCUGCGAGAGAAGCAGCUGUACUGUGACCUGGUGAUAGAGGUGAAGGCAGUCAAGUUUUACUGCCACCGUGCAGUAGUAGCUGCCUGGAGUCCUUACAUACACAGCAUGCUCAACAUGAAGAAUAUAGAGAGAGAGGUCAUCAAGAUCAAUUUCAACAACGUAGCUGUCUUUGCUGCUGUGCUGGAUUAUAUGUACACUACUGCCCUUGACCUCCGAGAAGUAAAUUUGAUCCAAGUGUUGCAUUUGGCAACCAGUUUCCAGGUGCAGCCACUGCGGGAUAUGUGCGAGGGGUCACUGCGCUGCAACCUUCAUGUGGGUAAUAUCAUCAGUACGUUCCAGUUAGCACGCAAGUUUCAGCUCUCUGGCUUGGAGGACUACUCUCUGACAUAUCUUCAGAUGCACCUACCUGAAGCAGUUAAACAGAAUGACUUCCUUAACCUAAGUGCUGUGCGCUUCAACACUUUCUUGUCAAGUGGGUAUGUGAUAAACUUGAAGCCAGAGGUGAAGCUCUUUCUCAUUAUCAGCUGGCUUGGCUAUGAUGUGAAGGAGAGGGAACAGUAUUUUGUUGUGCUACUCGGUCACAUAGACUGGUCCACUGUAGCUAAUGACUUCCUUAUGGAGAUCAGUCAGACUGAGAAUUUCUUCACCACCAAUGAGUCCAGUUUGUACCUCCUCCUUCAGACACUUCACAGCUCUGGGAUAUCUCUUGGACCAUACACCAAUGCCUUCAGUGACCUCCGUAGCAAGUACUCCUACCUCCUGUCCCAAGUUGUGCAGAGUAGUAUUUGGAAGACAGCACCUGAAGUGUUCUCCCCAGUGACUGUGUGUCUGGUGACCCAGCAGCAGGUGGCCCGGCCGAAGCCUGUCAAUGCAGGCAUCUCAAGUGUGGCUGUGCAGACAGAUAGUGACUCUGCUCAUAAGCUACAGCAGCAGGUGGACAGUCGAAUGCUUUGUGUUGCAGAUGUGUCAGAGGACAGGCAGUUGGUGUUGAAGUCUGAGGAAGGAUCUUUACCUGAAGCUAUUCAGCAGUCUACGUCAAGCAGUGAUUUACCAAAACGGAGAUCCAGUGGACGUAAGAGUUCAAAGCCAAAGAAAAUUCCAAGGAUGAAAAAAAGAUUGACCAAGGGUUUGAAGAGAUCGAGGAGACGAAAAGCAGGCUUGAGAGGGCUCGAAGAAGAAGCUGAUAUUGUGACAAGAAGAGAGUCUUCCAGGGUUCCUAAACCUGUCGUGUAUGAUGAAUUUGAUAAUGGUGAUGAAGUAAAUGAUGAAGAGGACAAUACAGCGGAAGAGCCAGAAGAAUUGCUGGAAGACGAUGAUGAAAAUGACCCCGACUUCACUGCAGGAAGAAACCAAGAUGGUGAUUUGUCACCUACUGGUGAAUGUGAUGGGGAAAAUGAAGAAGUGUCCAACUUCCACAAAUUAGCUCAGGCACUACAGCUGCAGCAACAAGAUGAUGAUGAUGAUGAUGAUGAUGAAGAUGAAGAGGAGGAGGAGGAGGAAGAAGAUGAGGAAGAUGAGAAUAAUGGACAUUCGGGUCAGCAAAGGUUCAAGAGAAAACGAGGACGUCCAAAGAAAGGCACAGAACCCAUUAAACCAAAAUGUGAAAAGUGUUCUUAUAUUGGCAAAAAUGAACAAGCACUAAGAAAUCACAUGAGAAGGAUUCAUGAGGAAGGUUUAGCAUUCAAGUGUGCAAUGUGUCCUUUUGAAUGUCAAUGGAGCAAGGAAUAUUACAGUCACUGUAAGGAACAUUACGGGGAACCGCCCUACCAUUGUGACUUUGAAGAAUGUAAUCAAACAUUUGAUAAGAUCCAUCUCCUAUUGAAUCACAAGGAUAGGCACACAGAUGAAAGGAGAUGGGCAUGUGAUCAGUGCCCAGCUCGGUUUCGGGCAAGGAAUAAUCUUACGUCUCACAAGAGAUCUCACACAGGUGAGAAGCCCUUUGAGUGCAACAUAUGUCAUCGAAGCUUCGCCACUAAGAAUACAAUGAACCAACAUAAAGUGACACACAGCGAUGACCGGCCGUACUUGUGUGACACAUGCGGCUUUGCUACAAAGUACCAGUCUCACCUCAUAGCUCAUCGGCGUAUACACUCAGGUGAUGUGUACCACUGUCAUUUCCCCCAGUGUACCUACGUUACCCCAAAGAGAAGUCAGUUGAAAGCACAUAUGCGUUCACAUCUUGGCAUCAGGCGACAUGUCUGUCCGACUUGUGGCAAGGCAUUUGUUGAAAAAAGUCAUCUUGUAAGACAUGAGAGAAUCCAUCUUGACCAAAAGCCAUUUAAGUGUAAUGAAUGUGACUAUAAUUCUGCAAGGAUUGACAAACUGAAAGAUCAUAUUCUCCGACACCAUGGGUCAAACAGCCCCGAAAAGUCCAAGUACCCAACUGUGCGUCGACCUCGUAAACCUAAAUCGAGUGCCUGGCCUGUGAACGUAGUGCCUCUCCCUCAUCCCCCACUUGCGGACCAAACAGAGGACCCUGCAAAUCCUAUCAAACAGAAUCCUCAGCCACUUGUUUUGUCAGAACAUGGUUAUGUGAGAAUGACUGCUCCAACUGAAGAUGGUUCCCAGAUCACACAUGGACGACAUCCGGGUCCAGUGCUAGACAUCCCACCAGGUCUGAGUAGCCAGCAGCAAAGUAUGACAGCACAUGUCCACCAACAGGCAGCCAUGUUGCACCCACCACCCCCACCUAGUGGCACCCACCCUACAGCUAUAGCCUCGCAGUCCCAGGCCCCAUCUCACAUGCAGGUGCUCCCCACUAUAGAAUCUGUGUCAGGUGCUGCACAAAUGACAUCCUACGUUGUGCCGACCACCUCCUCUGUACUUGUCUCAUCGCAUAACACACAUCAGCAUCAGCAGCACCCUCAUCAACAUCACCAACAACAUCAGCAGCAGCAGCAGCAACAACAACCACAACCUGACUAUGGAGGCCUGGGAGCCUUCAUGGCUCUCUUCUGAUCCUGUUGAUCAUUUUAAUUCAACAUAUGAAAUUGACAAUGGAAUAUCCAUUUCUUCCACUUUUAAAUCUUAUUGAACAUAACACUGAAGAAUGAUGUUCAGAACUGGUGUCAGGGUAUGUGCUCCUUAUCUUGUUGACAUUGUUAACUAUUAUACCUUGGUCCAAUGUGAUUGAUGUUCUUAAGUAAUGGAUUUGUAUGAAAUGUAUUAUUUUUGACACAUAAAAUUAUUGAAAGAGGGCCAGAUGAUUUUGAUGCAGUUUGUUAUGUUGGGUUGUUUUUUUUAACAAUAUUCAUGAUACUUGCGAUAUUUUAGAAACCAUACACUGUAUUUAUGUGCAUAAUUGUACAUGUAUAUGUUAGUAACAACAUGUUUUGCGGGACCACCAUUCAGUUUGUUGUCAUUGACAGUUGUGGAUCAUGAAAGUUGCCUACAGGGUACGGUCAUAAUGUUCGAUCAUCCCUUUAUAUGCAAAGUUCAUACCACAUAUAUUUGUUUCUUUUACAUUUUGUAGACAAGCAUAGUGAACCAUUAUUACUUUGUGGGAAGAAACAUUUCUCUCACAUUAAAACAGUUGUUAGCUGAUGGACUAUAUAUCUCAUGUUAAAUGAACUAAAUAAAGGAAUCCGCAAAGUAUAUUGGGAAAACUCCCAUUGCCAGUAACAAACUCAUCCUUUCGAAGUUGCCUGUGUCACCAUGGUCACUAGGCUUUCCUCCCACAUCGUUUUAGGACUAAAAUACUGUCCCAACUUGUAUUAAACCCCAACUGAGUCUCUUUAUUACUUGCAGUCCACUGUGAUCUAGGUGGAAGUUUGCUGACCAACACAUUAUUUCUUCAAGUGAUUGUUUAGUUCCCUGGUCUAGCCUCCCAACAGUCAUAAUAACCAUUCCAUCACUGGCUAUACAGGGUUGAUUUGUGCACAAAUACUGGUAAACUGGUAAGAUACAUUUAAGUUGAUCAAACUGCAGAGUGGUUCAGAAAAGGGAGGAUUAAUCUCGAACUAUGUGUCGCAAUAAAGAUUCACUUUCAGUAAGACAAACCUAUAAAAUUUAAUUAGACCUUCAUGCUUUAAAAAAUGUCAAUAUUAUGAUGAUGACUAUGGUGCAUAAGUAAUGCUGAGGUGGCAGAUAAGUUCCUAAUUGUUAGAGAAGAUUGUUGACCAGGGUAGCCAGAAGGUACAUAGACACAAGUUAAUCUCUGGAAUUCGGGAAAAUUGCACAGUGACAAUCAAAUUGGAACCUUUUAAUUAAAUGUGGUGUAUGUUGUCUAAAAAAUUGGGAUUCAUUGAUAGUCAUUUUCACAAUAGGCAUCUUGUAAUUUAUUUGAGACACAUAAAAAUAGGAAACAUAUAUUUGCGAGAAUGAUGGCAACAGGUGUAUUCUAGUGUACACCUAAAAAUCAUGUAUAAUUGUAUAUUUGAAUAAUAGCAAAACAAUAAACAAACUAAUAAUGA